AUGUACCCCACCACUGCCGUGCUCAAAAGAAAGGCUGAAGGUGAUGCCAAAGGAGAUAAAAGCAAGAUGAAGGACGAGCCUCAAAGAUCUGCCAAGUUGUCUGCUAAACCUGUUCCUGCAAAGCCAGAGCAUAAGCCUGAAAUGGCCCCUGCAAAGGGAGAGAAGGUACCCAAGGGGAAGAAGGGGAAAGCUGAUACCAGUAAGGAUGAAAAUAUUCCUGCUGAAAAUGGAGACCCCCAAACAGGCCAGGCACAGAAAGCUGAAGGUGUUGGAGAUGCCAAGUGUUGUGUGUGCAUUUUUGAUAACUGUGUACUCUGGUGA